UAGAGGUCCGGGAUGCUCCGACGCUGCUGGAAAUGCCACAGAAGGUAAAGAAGCCAGGCAGCUGUCUUUGUACGAGAAAACACCUCUUGAGAUGAAAGUUUCUACUCAUAGAAAAGUUUUGGAGACGCUCGGCGAUGAGCUGGAGUAAAGAAUAAGUUGUUCCGGACGUCUCGGACGAGGAGGUUGCUCGGCGUUUGACGCUCACAAGUUUCGACAGCUAGCUGACGCUACGCCGCCGCUUUGCUGCUGUUAGCUUCGCCCGCUACGUAAAUACUACGGCUGCCUUUCGGACUUUUCUACAUCUGCGUCAACGCCACAGCCGCGCAGUUAGUAGCCACUUUGUGUCAUCGUUUUAUUCCAUCUAGCCAUUGUGGUUUGCUCCUCCGACAUGGGUGGAUUCUGACAUGUUACUCACAAAGCUAACUGGCUAUAGUUAGCAUGUUCGUGCGCUAGCUGACGUUUGCUAACGUUGCCGGGCCAGACAGCAACUUCGGCAGCGGAGUUUCGGGGCGCUAACAGGACUGUACUGUCGCUAACAAGCAACCGCCGCUGCCCACAGGAGUCCACCCACAGACAUGUACGAGAUGGAGACGCAUAUAUCGUGCCUUUUCCCGGAAAUUUUGGCCAUUAUAUUCAGUUACCUGGACGUUAAAGACAAAGGAAGAGUAGCUCAAGUGUGCGUGGCCUGGAGAGACGCGUCCUACCACAAGUCUGUGUGGAGGGGGGUGGAAGCCAAGCUCCAUCUGCGGCGAGCCAACCCGUCUCUGUUCCCCAGCCUGCAGACCAGGGGCAUCAAGAAGGUGCAGAUCCUCAGCCUGAGGCGCAGUCUGAGCUACGUGAUUCAGGGGAUGCCGCACAUCGAAAGCCUUAACCUGUGUGGAUGUUUUAACCUGACAGACAAUGGUCUGGGACAUGCCUUUGUGCAGGACAUCCCAUCACUGCGGGUCCUGAACCUCAGCCUUUGUAAACAGAUCACUGACUCCAGCCUGGGCCGGAUCGCCCAGUACCUCAAAAACCUGGAGGUGCUUGAACUCGGGGGAUGCAGCAAUAUCACAAACACGGGCCUGUUGCUCAUUGCCUGGGGCUUGCACAGACUCAAGAGCCUUAACCUGCGCAGCUGCAGGCAUGUGUCGGAUGUGGGCAUCGGUCACCUGUCAGGUAUGACCCGCAGCGCUGCAGAGGGCUGCCUGUCCCUGGAGAAGUUGACGUUGCAGGACUGCCAGAAGCUGACUGACCUUUCUCUCAAACAUGUCUCAAAGGGCCUAAACAAGCUUAAAGUGCUCAACCUCAGCUUCUGUGGGGGGAUAUCGGAUGCAGGGAUGAUCCACCUGUCACACAUGACCCACCUGUGCAGCCUGAACCUGCGCUCCUGCGAUAACAUCAGUGACACUGGGAUAAUGCAUCUGGCUAUGGGCUCCCUCCGGCUGUCCGGACUUGAUGUCUCCUUCUGUGAUAAGAUUGGAGACCAGAGCCUGGCUUACAUCGCCCAGGGCCUGUACCAGCUCAAGUCCCUGUCUCUGUGCUCCUGUCACAUCAGCGACGAUGGCAUCAACAGGAUGGUGCGCCAGAUGCACGAACUCAAGACUCUGAACAUCGGACAGUGUGUGCGAAUCACGGACAAAGGGCUGGAGUUGAUAGCUGACCACUUGACCCAGCUGACGGGGAUCGACCUGUACGGUUGUACGAAGAUCACCAAGAGAGGUCUGGAGAGGAUAACGCAGCUCCCGUGCCUUAAAGUGUUGAACCUGGGGCUGUGGCAGAUGACCGAGAGUGAGAGGAUGAGGUGAAGACCCUUCUACUUAGUAGACAUUUCAUUGUGUACAGCGCUCGAGUGUGUACUGAGAGGGUUUGCCUGUAUCCAUUCUUAAUUCUACCUUCUAUACUGUGACUAAAAAAACCAAGGAGAGGGACUCAGCAUUGAUCACUGGAAUAUUGUUCACCUCUGCUGCAAUACUCCACUCUUACUCUGUUUCAGUCUCUUUCGUUAAAUCUCAGCCUGUGUACAGUUCUUACUGUCUAGCUACCUCACUCGUCAAACACAGGAGUGCCUACUGUCGCUGAAUCCUAGUUUAGAUUGUAUAUUUUUGUGACUCGCAAUUGAGAUUUUAACUUUUUCUUUUUUUUUUUUUUUUUUAAAUCUCAUUGCAGAGGCAUAACUAGGCAUUUUAACUCUUAACAGAAAGGCUGGAGUUGGAUUGAAGUUUUUUUUUUUUAGAAUGUUUUUUUUGUUUUUCUUUUAUUUGGCUGAUGUAUUUUUUUUUACUUGUUUAACCAACUUUUUAUUUGUUGUUUUUUUUUUGUAUUGAAUGACUUGCUGACUAAAUUGUACUUCAAAUUGAAGUGGGCGGAUCACUCUUUUCAGUCUUUGUUUACUUACGUAUCGUUGACUAUGUUUCAUAUUCCUGAGGAAGUAAGUUAUGUAUCAGAUGUUCCAGUUUUUUUUGUUUUUUGUUUAUUCACUCUGUCAAAGGUUCAUCAACUCAGCUACAGUAAGGUGUAGUGAUUAACAGCUACCAAGGCUAUAUGCAAUACUUUAAACUGUCCGUCAGCGGGUUUUUUUCCCCUGAGGAGCUUCCAAUGAUUAAAAAAAAGACAGAGUUAUUUGUUUUAAAAAAAAAAGAAAGAAGAAGCAGUAAUUUAAGAUUGUUUUAUAUUCAUACAGUAGUGCUAUUUAUGAAUAAAGAUGGCAACUAUGCUUCAGUUUCA